AUGAAGUCAUUAACCCUCCUUACCACUUCCCUCCUCCUCACCACCACCCUCUCCGCUCCCGCAACCCCAUCUCAAUCAGAAGACGAAUACAUCGUCCUCCUAGCCUCUGAUAACAAAGACUCCUGGUCUUCAAUCUUCUCCUCAAUGGGUUACAACCGUACAACCCGUCACGUUUCUGCCCACAAUACCUACGGCGUGCGUACCCUCGGUGCCACAUUCCUCACAAGCCACGGGAUCAACAUCCAAACCUUCGGCAAUGGUGAAAAUUUUCGAGGGUUUACGAUGAAGAUGCCAAGAACGCAUAGUGUUAAUGUCGCUGGGAUGGAAGGGAUAGCGAUUGUGGAGAAGAACCAUAGGAGAGGGAAACAGAUGCCUAAAGUUUCUUUGACGCAUUCCGUACGGAAUAUUAAACAUUCUCCACCUUCUUCUUCCUCUCCUUCUUCAUAUUCUUCUCAGGGAGUUUAUAGAAGAUAUCUUCACCGUAGACAACAGCAACCGGCUACGAACCCGAAUUCUACGACAGGGUUUACGACGGAAUUAAUCCAACAAUCUACCGCACCAUGGGGUCUUCAACGAAUCUCUUCUCAACCCCCAAUACCCGCGGAUGGUCGUAACAUCACGGAAUUAACUUACAAACACCGUUUCGACCGAACCGCAGGAACAGGGGUUGACAUCUACAUCGUUGACUCCGGUAUCAAAAUUGACCAUUCCGACUUCAACGGUCGUGCCAAAGUUCUAUUUUCCGCGUUUAACGACAGCGGAGAUGAUAAAGACGGUCACGGAACGCAUGUUGCAGGAACAGCGGGGAGUUUACAUUACGGAGUUGCCAAAAACUCGAAUUUGUGGGGGGUUAAGGUGUUGGAUGAUAAUGGUGGUGGGAGUGAUUCUGGGAUCGCGGCAGGUAUUGACGCUGUUUUGGCGGCGCAUAAUAAAAGGAAAGGAGAAAAAGAGUUUGCGGGGUCGGUGAUUAAUAUGUCACUUGGUGCGCCCGAGACUUCACAGAUUAUAUUUACGGCUAUUAAACGGGCUGUGGAAGCUGGUAUUCAUUUUACGAUCGCACCUGGGAAUGAUAAUAAGGAUUCUUGUACAGAUUUCCCGGCGGGGUUUGUUACACAAUUACCAUCGUUGAUAACGGUUGGAGCAACGGAUAUUGAUGAUAAUCGCGCGGAUUUUUCUGAUUUUGGAAAAUGCGUGGAUAUUCAUGCUCCAGGGGUUAUGAUUGUUAGUACUACUAAUGAUGGGAAUAUUGCGGAUAAAGAUGGGACUUCGAUGGCUACGCCUGCUGUUGCUGGUGUUGUUGCGGAUCUGUUGGCGCAGAAUGAACGGUUUAAGUUGGAUCCGAUGGGGAUGAAGAAGUUUUUGCUGGAGAGGUCGUUGAAGGGGGUUAUUAAGUUGAAGGCUGGGGAUAGGGCUACUGAUGGGGGUACUGAGAGGGUGUUGUUGAAUACUGGUGUCGGGGGCGUUCCGAAGUAG